AUGGCGACUUUCCAUUCAGGUCCCUCUUCUGGUAUUCCUAGUAUCAGUGAUCUUGAUGGUUACACACUUCGAGACUACCAGUUUCCUCAUACGACGAGCUAUCCUCCUAGCAACGAUGACAACUUUGGAUUCGACCCUCCAUCGGCCAAACCGACAACCAUGAACAUGUAUCAGACCUACAGUCCUCCAAACGACCUGUCUAUGUCGGGAUGGCCGGAAUUUGAACGUGACGGAGAUGUCAAGGAAACCGUCGAACCUCCCAUGGACCUGGAUGCCUUUGACGUCGAUAAUUUCAUUACUUCGACUCUUUCAAGCACCGAUACAGCAGUGGCACGCUUUGGCCAGAUGACCCCACCUCGAUCAAAUUCCGCCGUUAGUUCCAAAUCCAGAGACAAAGCUGUGUCGCCCAAGACAGUCCCAGAGCGAAGGAAAAGCAAAGCUCAGUCCGAUUCCACAGAGGGUCCUGCAAAACCUGGACGCAAGCGGAAGUCUAUACGCAAAGCAUCGAUUGCAUCAAGCGUCUCUGAGUCUCUGGAUGGGUCGAAACGCAAACAGUCUUUGGAAAAGAAUAGACUUGCCGCAGCCAAAUGUCGGAUCAACAAGAAAGAAAAGACGGAGCAGCUACAACGAGAUUCUCACGACAAGGCUGUUCAGAAUUCCUAUCUCAAAGAUCAGGUCAUGCGCAUGAAAGACGAGGUCCAACAAAUGAAUGCAAUUCUCCUUGCACAUGCCAAUUGUGAAGGUUGCAGAUCUCCUGAGGGUCUUCAAGCACAUCUCAGUCAACUAGGCAGUGACUUCUUCAACCAGCAACACGUCGACAGUGGAAUUCCAAAUUACCUCGAAUAUCCUCAGAUGGACUAUUCUCCACUAGCCGCUGUGCAAGACAAUUUCUUCCCGACCAACAACCGCGCACAGAUGGUCAACCCACCAUUACCAGAAUUCACCCGAGGUGCAGAAUUUGAGGUACAUACUCCUCAUGGAGAUUGA